AUUAACCACUCUCUUCUCUCUCUUUCUCUGCAAACAAUCUCACAGCCAAACCGAAGAGAAAGCGACCCAUUAUUGACAAUGGCAUAGCGUACAGUAAGAGAGAGAAAAUUCAACAAAUGUAAAGAGAGAGAUAAGAAAGAUUAGAAAGAGCUGUAAGGUUGCAGGUUUUAUGGCAGAACUCUGGCAGAUGAAGGACUCCUAUUGCCAGUAGCGAUGUGAUUGAACAAGCUAAGUUGAGCUCCUCCUUUAGACGUAUCUUCAUCACAGGAAAAAAAGAAACCCAGCAACAGAAAAAGAAAAAAAAAGGAAGAAAACCAGUAGCCUUGUUUUUUCCCGAGCAUUUCAAUGUCGGCGAGUCCAAGAAUUGGACGGUUGUUUCACUUCCUCUUCUUCUUUGUUGGGCUUCCGAGGAUGUAUAGACUCGCUGUGUUUUAAAGUGGGUACUGAACCAUUCGCCAUCAUUUUGUUACGGUACUUGGAAGAGAUUUGCUUUGGUCUUUUUUUAUUCGAAAGGAUUAAACGGCGUCGGUAAUGAGGACUCAGAGAGGUGUUUUGAUGUAGAGUAAGGUUCACUGGGAGGGCAGUUAUGGCAUUUCGGAUUGAGUUCGUUCUUCUUGCUUUUCUCGUGGUUUUGAGUUUAGGUUCUGCGGCUACGGAAGACGGAGCAACACUGUUGGAGAUAAAGAAGUCGUUUAGGGAUGUGGACAAUGUUCUUUAUGACUGGACUGACUCUCCAUCGUCGGAUUAUUGUGUGUGGAGAGGAGUCACCUGUGACAAUGUCUCCUUCAGUGUCGUUGCUCUCAAUCUUUCAGGUCUAAAUCUUGAUGGCGAAAUUUCACCUGCGAUUGGAAAUCUCAAGGACCUUCAGUCUAUCGACUUGAGGGGAAAUCAUCUGUCAGGUCAGAUCCCAGAUGAGAUUGGUGAUUGUACAUCUUUGAAAAGCCUGGACUUGUCAUUUAAUGAGAUAUAUGGAGACAUACCAUUUUCAAUCUCAAAGUUGAAAGAAUUGGAAUAUCUAAUUUUGAAGAAUAAUCAUUUGAUUGGACCGAUUCCUUCAACCCUGUCCCAGAUUCCUAACCUGAAGAUUUUAGACCUGGCGCAGAAUAAUCUCAGUGGGGAAAUACCGAGGCUUAUAUACUGGAAUGAAGUUUUGCAGUAUCUUGGUUUACGGGGGAACAAUUUAGGGGGAACACUAUCCCCAGAUAUGUGCCAGCUCACUGGGUUAUGGUAUUUUGAUGUAAGAAACAACAGUUUGACUGGUAGCAUUCCUCAAAGUAUAGGGAACUGCACCUCCUUCCAGGUCUUGGAUUUGUCCUAUAACCAGCUAACAGGGGAGAUUCCAUUUAAUAUUGGGUUCCUGCAAAUUGCCACAUUAUCAUUGCAAGGUAAUCAACUUUCUGGGCAUAUUCCUUCCGUCAUUGGCUUGAUGCAGGCACUUGCUGUACUAGAUUUGAGCUGCAACAUGUUAACUGGGCCAAUCCCUUCUAUUCUGGGAAAUUUGACAUAUACAGAGAAACUGUAUUUGCAUGGCAACAAGCUGAGUGGACCAAUUCCCCCGGAGCUUGGAAACAUGACAAAGCUUCAUUAUUUGGAAUUGAAUGAUAACCAUCUUACAGGGCAUAUUCCACCUGAGCUUGGGAAGCUUACUGAUUUAUUUGAUCUUAAUGUUGCCAACAACAAUCUUGAGGGCCCUAUCCCUAAUAAUAUUAGUUCAUGUACAAAUCUUAACAGUCUCAAUGUGCAUGGGAACAAGCUGAAUGGAACCAUCUUAACUUCUUUCCAGAGGCUGGAGAGUAUGACUUAUUUGAAUCUUUCUUCCAACAAUCUUCGUGGCCCAAUACCAAUUGAGCUAUCACGGAUUGGUAAUUUGGAUACUUUGGAUAUUUCAAAUAACAAAAUCAAUGGCUCAAUUCCAUCAUCCCUUGGUGAUUUGGAACAUCUUCUGAGGCUGAAUUUGAGCAAUAAUCACCUAAGCGGAUUUAUCCCAGCAGAAUUUGGUAAUUUAAGAAGCGUGAUGGAAAUUGAUCUUUCAAACAAUCAUCUUGUGGGUUUGAUUCCUCAAGAGCUUAGUCAGCUUCAAAACUUGUUCACAUUGAGACUAGAACACAACAAUUUAUCAGGGGAUGUGAUGUCACUUAUCAACUGCCUCAGCCUUUCUGUACUAAAUGUAUCUUAUAACGAUCUGGUUGGCAAUAUUCCCACAAGCAAUAACUUUUCAAGGUUUACACCCGACAGCUUUAUUGGAAACCCUCAUCUUUGUGGCUACUGGCUUACUUCUCCAUGUCCCCAGUUUCAUGCAACAGAGCGAGUCACAAUAUCUAAAGCAGCCAUCCUGGGAAUUGCUCUUGGUGCCCUUGUGAUUCUUCUCAUGAUCUUGGUGGCAGCAUGUCGACCCCACAAUCCAAUAACUUAUACCGAUGGUUCACUUGACAAGCCAGUUAGCUACUCAACACCAAAGUUGGUUAUUCUUAACAUGAAUAUGGCACUACAUGUUUACGAGGACAUCAUGAGAAUGACUGAAAACUUGAGUGAGAAGUACAUAAUUGGUUAUGGUUCAUCAAGCACAGUAUACAAAUGUGUUCUUAAAAAUUGUAAGCCAGUGGCUAUCAAAAGACUCUAUUCUCAUUAUCCUCAAUGCUUGAAGGAAUUUGAGACGGAACUUGAGACAGUAGGGAGUAUCAAGCACCGUAAUCUAGUGUGCCUUCAAGGGUACUCCUUGUCCCCUUCUGGAAACCUUCUCUUUUAUGACUACAUGGAAAAUGGCAGUCUCUAUGAUUUUCUUCAUGGCCCUUCUGCCAAAAAGAAGAAGCUUGAUUGGGACACUCGUCUGCAGAUAGCACUUGGAUCAGCACAAGGACUUGCAUAUUUGCAUCAUGAUUGUAGUCCCCGUAUUAUACACAGGGACGUGAAGUCAUCAAACAUUUUAUUGGACAAGGAUUUCGAAGCUCAUCUGACUGAUUUUGGUAUUGCCAAGAUCUUGUGCACCUCGAAGUCCUAUACUUCUACUCACAUAAUGGGCACCAUUGGCUACAUAGAUCCUGAGUAUGCUCGAACUUCUCGCCUCACAGAGAAAUCAGACGUGUAUAGUUAUGGCAUUGUCCUACUGGAGUUGCUAACGGGAAGGAAAGCUGUAGAUAAUGAAUCCAAUCUCCAUCAUCUGAUUUUAUCCAAGACAGAAAACAAUGGUGUCAUGGAGACUGUAGAUCCUGAUAUCACAGCCACUUGCAAGGACCUCGGAGCAGUGAAGAAGGUUUUUCAGCUAGCUCUUUUAUGCACCAAGAGACAGCCAUCCGAUCGGCCGACUAUGCACGAAGUUGCACGAGUCCUUGGGAGUCUUGUACUGUCCACUACAUCACCACCGAAACAAUCAAUCACCCCGACGCUACCGUCCCCUCUUCCAUCUGCCAAAGUGCCUUGCUACAUGGACGAGUAUGCAAAUCUCAAGACCCCUCACAUGGUGAAUUGUCCAUCCAUGAGCACUUCAGAUGCCCAACUCUUCCUCAAGUUUGGGGAGGUAAUUUCUCAGAAUAGUGUGAGUGAAGAAGCAUGUGGAAAUUAAACUUGAUGAUCAAAUGUCUUUUUUUAAAAUGAAAUGGGAGAGUAGUUAAAGAGUGGGAAGGUUUUGGGUUCAAAUUGGAAAUGUGUAUAAAGAUUUGGACAUCAAUUAUUGUGGCUGUAAAAGAAUAGAAUGGAGCAACUUUUUUACUAAUAGAUUGAAAAGCUUUUUAAUGUAGUAAAAAAUUCAAUGCAUGUAUUGAAAAAAAACAAAAAAACUGUGGGUAGUAAUUUUUGGGGUGUCAUAUGGGCCCACUGGACUGGCAAGAUGGUGUGAGCUGGAGGUUCAUCGGCAGGCUUUGCAGAGUUGGGGCUUUGCAUUAUAUGCCUGAGCAGCAAUAAUGCACAUGCAGCCUUGGCUAGUUGCAGGCUGCAGCGAAGACCGUAUCAGUUUGUUUGGAUGUUGGGAUUCCCACCAUCUCUAUGGAUUGCGUUGUCCCAUGAUCUGGAUCUGGUUCAUCUUCAUUCCAGAAAUUUAAUUCCAAGGGUCCAUCAAAUUUAUGGUUAUUCCAGUCUCCUAAUUUAUUGCUAACAAGAUUCGAAACCAUGUGGUGGACCUUCUGCUUAUUAAUUAUAAAUAUCUCUCUUUUUGUUUA